GUAUUAGCACAAAUUCCCGCUUCAUUCUUUUUCUCUCUCUCUCCCCCCAUAACUUUCUCUCGUUGAUUCAAUGGAGAUAUUAAAUACCUUUUUAUUUUAAAUAGGUCAGCUGAAUGCCAAAACCCAAUCCAAGUUUGACAACUCCAUCAAAUUGAGAUCAGCCAUUACUGCAACAGGCCUUUUAAACAAAAUGUUCAAGCAUUUUUCACAUAAUUGGACAGCAAGGGUUUUGGAAAGGGCCUUUUAAAAGAAAUUCUAAAGGAGAUUCUAAAGCCUGCACAACUGGGCCCCCAUAGCUGAAGAUUUGUCCGUAAGUUGUGUAGCAAAGGAAAGGGGUGUUCAGAGUUAGAGAAACAGAAAUUUUAAUUAAGGGGGUGGUCAAAUGCAUGGCUGCAGGAGCUUUGAGAUAUGGGUGAGUGGAACUUUGUGGGACAGGAUAUGGACAGCUGGCUUUGGAUGAACUGAAGAUUAGGUGGUAGAAAAUGGCAGGCCAAACAGAAGAGCAUUGGGAUAGUGGAGUCUGCAAGUGAUGCAACAAUGGCUGACCAUCUAUACACAGGUGAUUUGACACAGAGAUUGUGAUUGAAUGAUUGGGUGAAAAGGUCCGCUUGGGAUUGACCAGGCUUCCAUGACUGAGUAGUCUGGUUCACCCUAAGAGUGGUAGUUGGGUAAGGAAGACAGGACAGUAAUGACGAAUGUAGCAGAGGCCUAAUUUGCUGACUUUGGUAGUCUUGGUUUUUUUAACUAAAGAAAAUUUGGGAUUCAAGGACUGAAUUUUGGUAAUGUGGGUUGACAGCUCUGGCUCGAUAGACUGUCUGAGGCAGAUCUGGAUUUGAUCAAGUUACAUUUAGAAACUGAAACAUAUCUGCAAAAGAAGUACUGAAGGCAGCUUGUAGGUGAGAAACAGAAGGGGAUCAGUGAUGGAAUCUUGAGAGACCUAGAUCUUUGGAAGUUAACAACAGUGUGAGGAUGGAAGAGAAAACCUUUGCUGAGUAUGCUGUGGCUGUGGUCACAUGGCAAGAGUGGAACCAAGCAGAGACAGUCAAUCCCAUAAAACUAGGGAGAGGUUGAGGAAUGUAAGGAGUAUGUUUUACCCUGUGAUCAGUCCCAUUAUAGGUACAUUUGUGACUUUUUUGUAAGGCUGCUUCAAUGUUAUAGCAUGGAAGGAAAAUUGAUUUGGAGAGAUUCAAACAGUGCACUUAAGACAAUUUUGAAAGUGCCAUCUUUAAGUAGAAACUGAGAGUUUGCAAAUACAAAAUAUUGAGAGCAUGUUUUUUUGAAGUGGCAGGUGGGGGAGGAGGGGAUGUUUUGAAGUGUGAAAUAGUAUCUGAGGACCAAAAGAGGAAGUUCGGUGGAGUGGCAAAUUGCUGGCUCUGAGUGCAGGUGUACAGUCUUAUGAACCACAUCAGCUCAGAGGACAUGAGGAAAUCUAGGGUCUAAGAUCAGAAGUAGAAUGAGAAAUUCUGAAGAAAUUUUGGGUUAGUGGGGAAAAGGGAGAAGUAGUGGGGCAGUAAAUGUUAAAUGUUUCCUUUUUAAAAAGUCCUUUUUAUUUCCUCAAAGUACUGCAAUGGUAGCAUCAGCACAAAUAUUUCUAGAGAAAUGAGUUUGCUUACCUUGCCCGUGUGUUCCUCUUUCUCUACAAAUUCCUUUUGUUCCAUCCUAAUAGAAAGUGACGUCUUGUACCAUCAUAAAGAAAGGAAUCAGAGUCAAAUUCUUAUUACAAUUCAAUGAUGGCUAUGCUUAAUGAUAAAGUAAACUUUAGUAAGAGAAGCUGCUGCAACACUUAAUUGCAACAAUUUGUUACUUGCUUGCCAUUUGGCUGCAGAGCAUGUAGGGCAACAUAAUAUUGAUUUUCAUGGGCCAAAAACUGUAAUAACUUUCAUUGCUCAACACAAAUUUUGGAUGUGUUCGUUUCCAGAGCACUCAAUAGUUUACACUGUUCUGGUCUCAUUGUAAAUCUACUGUUGGGAUACAUCUAAAGUAGAUACCAAUCCAACGGAAUCACCAUGUACUGUACAGGUGGUGAUCUUAUUACAACAAAGAAAUAAAAGUGCCCUUCCCCGUACCACCACUUUCCCCAUAAAAUGGUGGAUGUUAUUGGGGUACCUUUGCGGUAGUACACUGUCUCCAAUAAUAGCACUCUAAUGGUUCAUCUUCAAUAUAUCCUUGAUUUGAACUCUUAUAAUCCAGAAGAAAACACAACUAAGAGACCUAUAACAAUCAAGGAAAGAUGAACAGGCUGGGUCUCUUUUUCCUUUUGAGUUGAGAAGCUGACGGGACCUAAUGGAGGUCUUUACCAAAACUUUCACAAUUUGAGUUGGCAGAGUGCUUCCACAUGAUGGUGGUGUAGACCAGAGAUCAAAAUAAGAUAGUUGUCAAAAAUCAGAUUUGUAUUUCAAAGAAACCUCUUUACCUGGAGAGUAGUGAGAAUUUGGACUCUGAAUGACAGUAGUUGGGACAAUUAGUUUAGUUGCAUUUAAGGGGAAGCUAGAUAAAUGUGAGGAAGAGGACAACGAGAGAUUAUGCUGAGAGUUAGAUGAGGGAAGGAUAGGAGGAAGCUCAAGUAGAGUUAAUUGACUGGCUGACCCAAGUGGUCUGUUCCUUUAGUGUAUAUCCUAUGUAAUGUUAGAAAUUUGCAGCCACAUCUCAAUUUUGUAAUAGAAUUAAAAACUUGAGCACUGAUGCAAAAUGUCAUCUAAUCUGCUUGUAAUGUGCUCGCACACAGUAUUGUCCUGAAGGACUGCAAUUUAUAUGCAAACAUUCAAACUAAGUUGUCUUUUGUUUUGUAUGUAACAGGAACAUUUUUGGUCUGUUCCAUUAGUCUCUGAUACUAGCUAAUCUUUGCUACAACCACCAGGUUCACUUUUUUAGAUUUGAAGGUGUUAAUUAUUUUGUAGAUUUAUUGAACACAAUCUAUUUGAUGUUGUGUACUCAUAUACCAUGAAAAUAUGUGGAACAAAGAGCAAGGCCCGAAGAUCCACUAACAAAGUUACAAGUUUGAAUUUUAAAGUCUGAAGCCAUAUGCUUUCUCAAUAGGAUGGAGAAAAAAACUUGGGCAAUAAUAGUCUCCUGCAGACUGGUCCAACUUGAGUUGAGUUGUUUUGGAGCAAUGUGUUUGUUUGCCGGUUAGUCCUUAUUGCAUUAAAUUGGUGAGUUUACAGCACUGGAGACAAAACUACAAAAAAGCAAUUCAAAAUCCUGUUGGAAAAAUUACAGUGCUAGCCAAGGCCUGUUACUUUUGGUCUUAAAACAUUACCAGAUAGGAAAACAAAACAACAAACAACUCUUCAGUUUCUGCAUCCACAACUGUUUCCUUUCCUUUCUCCUCCACUUUUUCGAUUUCUUGUGACCCGUUGCAGUUUCUCAUUACUCCACCAUCUCUUUAUUUGCAAAAUUAUGUUUAAGUUUAUUUUUCUUAAAAGAGAUUUGUUUAAAGUACAAGUUAGCAAGUUAAAGUCCUACUGGCCAUCAAACCAAGGAAAUAGUCCUGUAGAUUUAAUUUUGAAUGCCACAUAAAUUAUAUUUUGAUCCCUUACAUUUGGUACAAAAGAGAAGUAAAAAUAUAUACCACAAUGAUGCAUCUCAAUAUUUUCCUACAUGUAUUUUUUCACAGCACUCAAGUAGGAAAUGAAAUAUUCAAAGUAACUGAUUUAGAAAGAACUAAAGAAGAAAGAAAAGACUUUAACAUACAUGCAUGCAAUAUUAUUACCUAAUUUGAGCUACUUGAUGUUUUUCGUUUUCAACAUUGUACAUUUUUCAACCUCCUCAAAACAAAACUUUUGACUCUUAUCAUGUCAUCCCAAGUUAAAUUUGAGAUAGUAAUACCAAGCAGAUAUGAUGCUGAAAACCAUAUGCAUAAUUUACUUUCUCCACAAAAUAUGGCUCUGUACUUUUUAAUCCUCACCCUUGUACUGCCCAAAAUAUUAUGCAAUGUACUGCCAAGAAUUACAAAGGAAAAAAAAGUUGAUUGCUGAGUUCUGAGUCAAAGCCGGAUAAGAUAUACCAGAUUUUGAUAUACAUUGUUGAUUCCAGUGGAAAAGAUUGUGGGGAAAUGCAGCUUGAAUUUAUCUGGUACAGGAAAAUAUUAUCAAAGCUGUUACAUGGUUAGGGAUGCUUGUUAUCUCCCAGAAUAGUUGGCUGCAGUGGUUAACUUGGCUAAAAUGUGUCAUAAUUGAAUGUUAUUUGAAAAUAUCAAAUUCUGUCCAAUGAUAUUAAAAAUAUUAAACAUUACUUUGCCAAGAUUAUUUAUAAACAUAAGAUUUUUGUGUUUUUCUUUUCUUUUUAAAUCUUUUUCCCACAGCAAAACAGGUUUCAGCUAGUGCCUGCUAAACAUUCUCUUACUCCACUUCGGCUCAAGAAUUUAGGUCACGAAAGAAUCUGCUGAAUCCAGUUUAAAGUGAAACGUUAACAAACGUCAACACUACCAGACAAAGAGAAGACUGAACAGCACUUCUGUGUACCAGUACAGUACCUAAUGAACCACAUGCAAACUAGGAAAAAUCAAGAACAGUAUAAAAUUCAUUGCAGUAAUUCUGACAGCUGAAAUCAUAAAAUGGAAGUCAGGGUUGAGUUUUUUUUAUUUUCAUUCCUUCCCCUCUUUAGGUCCACUGUGCCAUUCACUCUACUAUAGAAGAGAAGGUGGACAGGCAAUCUGCUCCCAGACCUCUAACAAUGCCGCUCUGUAACUGGCUGCUAGGAGUUGUGCCACCACUUUCCACUAUACUAAGUAACCACUUUGGUUGCCGCCCAGUAGUAAUGCUGGGUGGACUGCUCGUUAGUAUGGGAAUGAUGGCAGCAUCGUUUGCACAUUCAAUUGUAGAAAUGUACAUUGCCAUUGGAGUAGUCUCAGGAGUAGGUUUCUGCCUCAGCUUCCUUCCCACAGUCACAAUCCUCUCCCAGUACUUUGAUAAAUAUCGUUCUCUUGUUAUGGCUGUAGCAUCCACAGGAGAAUGUUUUGCAGUCUUCACUUUUGCGCACGCUUUUACAUUACUGAAGAACCAUCUUGGAUGGAAAAAUUGUCUCCUCAUCAUAGGUGCACUGCAACUAAACAUUGUUGUGUGUGGAGCACUACUUCGGCCAAUUGUUAUCAGGAAAACUGAGAAAAAAACAGUGGAUGUGGCCAUGGAGACGAAGUACAUGUUGGAGAAUGAGGAAACGUGCAUCUCUAUAGAAUCUGUGGAUUCGGGAGUGGAAUCUUUAUCUACCUCAUGUGAUAACUUGGAACAUAGUAACAAGUGUAAAACAAAUGAUGCUCUCAAAGAAAAUCUUCAAAUGCUUCCAGAUAGGAAGCUAAAAUCAGAGAAUCAACCAAAGUUGCUUGACUUUUUAAUUCUAAAAAACAAAAGCUUCAUAUUUUACGCACUUUUUGGUCUAUUUGCCAGUUUGGGAUUCUUUGCACCUCACCUCUAUGUGAUUCCCCUUAGCAUUAGCCUGGGUAUUGAUGACUGGGCAGCUUAUAUGUUGUCUGCUAUGGCAAUUACAGAGGUAUUUGGUAGGUUCUCAGCUGGCUGUGUACUAAAUAAGCAGCCCAUACGGAAGAUAUACAUUGAACUGAUCUGUGUAAGCCUACUGAGUAUUGUGUUGCUAUGCUUUCCUUUUGCGAGAUGCUUCUGGAGCCUUGUUACAUGCAGCAUGCUGUAUGGAUUCAUGUUUGGCACUGUGGCUAGUACUCACAUUCCAAUGUUAGCAGAAGAUGAUGUCGUGGGAGUUGAGAAGAUGCCAUCUGCUGUUGGAAUCUACAUUUUUAUUCAGAGCUUUUCGGGACUAGCUGGGCCACCUAUUGGAGGUUGGCUUGUGGAUAUUACGGGUCAGAAUUAUGGAUCUGUGUUCUUCUUUUGUGGAAUUGGUCUGAGUUUAGGUGCAUUUUUUCUAGCAUUAGUUCGGCCAUCUAAAAAAGGGUUCUGUCGGAGAAAACAACCUCCAGUGGUUGAUCAACAGCAGACAAUACAGGAAAAUAUCAAAAGUGCAGAUGAUGUGCCAGAAGACUUCCUAGAUACAGACCUGAAGAAACCAGAAAGCUUACAGGAUCAGUUUCAAAGCAUUGCUUGAAUAAACAAUCACACACCACCA